AUGUUCAAUGAUAUGACUGAAACAUCAUCGUCUACUGGUAUGUCAAGAAAAACAACAAAAAGUUCAAAAAAAUUACGUUUUAAUAAAGAUACAUGGAAAAUAUUUAUUAAAUUUUUAACAAUGAAUAAUGAAUUUUAUGAAUAUACAACAUUAGAUAUUGAUGCUCAUGAUGAUUUACUUGAUGAUCGAUAUACAAUAAGAACAAGAUUAGGAAAUGGUUUUACAUCAAUGGUUUAUUUAUUGACAAAAAAGAAAAAAAUUAAAUCUUCAACUAAAUAUUUACAAUAUAAUGUAGCAAAAAUAUCAAAAAAAUGUUCAUAUUCAAAAUUCUUUUUAAAUGAAUAUAAAAUAGCACAACAAUUAAAAGAAUUUAUUGAUUUAAAUGAAUCUAAUAAAUUUUUUCAAGAUAUUCCAUAUUUAUCACCUUUAGGUAAAAUUUAUCUUUUGAUUUUUGAUUUAUAUUCUCAACAUGUUUAA